AUGACCGAUGAGAACAAAAUUUAUUUAGAUUAUAAUGCUACAACUCCACUGGAACCGUCAGUGCUAUCAGCCAUCCAAGAUGCUCUACGAGAUGCCUGGGGAAAUCCCAGCAGUUCCUAUGCUGCGGGAAAGAAAGCAAGUCACGUAAUCAAACGAGCCCGAACCUCAAUAGCUUCCAUGAUUGGGGCGUCAAGCGGUGACAUCAUAUUCCUGUCAGGUGGUACUGAGGGAAACAACAUGGUUAUUCACUCUGCUUUGGAAUAUUUCCAUGGCUUUAAUGAUCAGCCAGACUGCAAGCCACAUGUCAUUACAUCCAAUCUGGAACAUGAUUCAAUCCAACUUCCACUCCUGAAACUUAAAGAACAAGGCAAGAUUGAUGUGACUUUUGUUCCUGCUUCACCAGACUCUGGUGCUGUUACUGCAGAGGGGAUACUGCAGGAAGUGAGACCCAGUACGUGUUUAGUUACUGUUAUGAUGGCCAACAAUGAAACAGGAGUGAUUCAGGUGAUUGACGUGAAAAUUGUUACAGUCGAACCUCCAUUAAGCGGUCCCCUGGGGUACUGGCAAGUGGCCGCUUUGUGGAGGUUGGCCACUCAAUAGGGGUUCAUCAUAAAUUAGUAUAAUCUUUAAACUAAAUUUUUUUUCUGCGUGAAAUUCCUAAUGUGAUCAUCUUACACUUUUCUAUUUCUGGGGAGAAGGGUGGAUAAAAAUAAAUUUGGUUGCUAGGUGGCCCAUCACUCCUGUCAGCUUAAAAGCUUUUCAGGCUGAAUAGGUUUUUCUUGGUUUGCCAACAAAAAUAUUGCCAGCCCUUAGGAGUUACAAAGGGUCUAUGCACUUAUUAUUAUUACUUACUACCGCAGUCAAACAUCAGUACAAUGAACCCUCUCAAAACAAAGUCCCUAGUAUAAUGAGCGACAUUGUCCACCCUAAUAAUGCAGCAUGCAAAGAAAGUAGUGUCCGAUAGCCCAGGGGCUAGUGGAUUUUGCUAUCGGGCUAGUGAAUUCUGUUUUUAACUUGCCCGACAGGCAAGUGACGUUUUUUGAGAAAUUUGAAUAUCAGAAGAACUGUGAAAAUAAUUCUGCUUGUCAAAAAGCGUUUGGGGCUAGUUGAAAUGACGUCUGGGCUAGUAAAUGCUAGCUUCAGCUUGCCCGAAUGGCAACCUGUAAAAAGGAUUUUCUUUGCACCCUGUAAUGUAAAAAUUUCUGGAAAAGUACAUCAUGAUAACCAAAACCUUGUUGUAGCGAAAAUAUUUUGCCAGCUCCUUGGCCCUUUGCGUAUUGAGGUUCUACUGUAACAAAAAGAAUUUGCUUAAAAAUCAGACUGUUUUUGAUAAAGCAGUUACUGUCCCAAGAAAUAUCAGGAGAGGUUUGAUGCAUGCUCAUCUGCUUAAGAUUUCAACCUGUUGCAAACCCUGAGAACUGAUUUGCUAAUAAUGGACAGCUCUCCUGUUCAUUAUAACUUGAGAUAUUAUUUUCUUUUGUUUGCUUGUUCUUGCAGCCAAUUGAGGACAUUUCAAAGACCAUUAGAAGUCGAAACAAGAGUCGUUUAUCUAAAAAACUCCCCAGGAUUCUUAUUCAUACAGAUGCUGCUCAAGCCAUAGGCAAGAUUAAAGUUGACAUAGAUGAGCUAGAGGUGGAUUACCUUACAGUUGUUGGACACAAGUUUUAUGGACCUCGAAUUGGUAUGAUUGACAACGACACCUAUUUGGCAAAUUGUUGAAACUAAUAGAUACUGGAUUAGAUUUUUAGAUUAUCGCACCCUAAGCAGUACCAAACCACAAAUUUUACUUACUUUUAGAAGUAACAAUCACCCCUGCUAUUUUUAUAGGGAGGUGGCCUCCCUUCCCCACCCUAACACCCAUGGAGAAAGACCUGGCACUCUGUAUUUCCUAUUUUUGAUAUACAUUUGAUUGAAUUUCUCUGUCAUGGAAGUUGACUGUGGGUUCCAUUGUUUUGUCAGGGCGUGACAGGGUGUGGUUGGCUUAAGUCCUGGAUUUUGGGUCAUCACUUUUUUUUUUCCAAAUUUCAUGCCAGUGUUAUAUUUCGUGUAUCUCUAGGGGCACUCUUUGUGCGUGAUCCAGAGACUGUCACACCGCUUUACCCAAUAUUUUAUGGAGGAGGUCAAGAGAGAAAUUUCAGACCAGGAACGGAAAACACAGGCAUGAUAGCUGGGUUGGGAGAAGCUUCGCAGUUGGUGGUUGACAAUUUGGAUCAAUACUAUGAAAAUAUGAAAACAUGAAAAUGGUACGUGAAUGUUAUGGUUCACAACAACUCAGUAAAGCAUUUUCUAUCCUGAUGUUGAAGAGGCCAGCAAUGCUGACGUCAUCAGGCUGAAUCAGGCUGGCAAAUGUGAGAUGUUUUAUCUGAUCCAGCACAAAGACACCAGCUGCUUGAUCGAUGUUAGUGUUAAUCUGUUGUUUACAAUGGAUUCUUCAUAGGCUUUUCUCACUUUUUGUAAGAAGCUAAUUAGCCUGUAAAGCAGGCACUUGGAAGUUGCAGAGAAUUAAACAAACAUAUGGACAGCACUCAUAUAUGUUCAGUGCUGCAAGCUUGUGGAACAGACUUCCUGAGGAGUUAAAAGACUGCUCUACCUUGAUGUCUUUCGAAAACAAACUUAAGCAAAUUGAAGUUUGUAAAUUGUAAUGGACAAUCAUUAGCAAUUCCUCAUUUAGUUUAUCUUUAAAUUCUCCCCUAUGAAUCAUAGUUUUUUGACUGAAUUUUUGUUUUUUAAUUUAUUUUUCUGAGGGCCAGAUGUAGAUUAUCGAGAGAUGUUAAGUUCUACCCUCAAUAAAAAACGUUUUAUUAUUAUUAUUACUAUUAUUAUUAUUAUGGGGGCAAGAAAGAAUGGGGCGCGCAAGGGGAACACACUGAAAGAGAGGCUGCAUGUCUCCAUCGCGUGCCCCAUUCUUUCUUGCACACAUCUUACUCCUACGUGCCUGCUGCCCUGCUACAUAAGUUAGAAACUAAUAAGCAUGCAUGACUUUCAGCAAACGAAGAUAUAGUGAUAUACUGUUUCGGCUCAGCUUGGUGGGUUUUGGUCAAGGGGUGGUGAAAUUUUCUGUAAAAGUAAAAGCAUGAGCAAAGACUGAGGGAUUCUUGGCGUGAAUGAUAGACUAUCACAAAAUUGUUUCCGUAGCCUGCGAACGGCAGACGUUUCUCCUCGCUCAUCGCCGCUGAGGGACGAUGAGCGAGGAGAAACUUCUGCCAUUCGCAGGCUAUUGUUUCCGUCAAAAUGUUACCACCAAAUUUCAAAAACUCAAAGCCUCGUGAAAAUGAAAGAUGUUAAAACUGUAUUUGACCAUAACUAAACGAUUUCUCGCACGCUGAUUGGUUGAGAGCUAUAUGUUCGAUAAGGGUUUUUGGAGUGAAACCACUCGCCUGCGGCUCGUGGUUCCACUUGAAUUUUGAACAUUUUGACGUCAUUUCUAUGGUCGAUAAAAGAACAGACCAUGGAAAAUAAUAUUGUUGUCGAUUUGUUAAUUUGUUUUUAAAACGUAGGUGGCUAGAGUGGUUGAUAAAUAAGAUGUUUUGUUUGAGCGUACGACAACCCAAAUGUUGUGACUGCUUAGAAGGAUAAUCUUUUCUUUUUUCUUUUUAAUGUUUCAAAGGUGAGGGAUUAUCUUGAGUCUAGGCUGAAAGAGACGUUUGAAGACAACAUUCAAUUCAACGGAAAAUUCGAUACAAGCGAACGAAUUCCCAACACGUGUAAUGUGUCCUUUCUGGGAAGAGGUCUCGAAGGUCGGAAGAUCUUAGCAGCUGUCAAAAAGCUGCAAGCCAGUGUUGGCGCUGCUUGUCACUCGGAUGCUGUUUCACGGCCAUCUCCCAUCCUAACAGCGAUCGGCAUUCCCCAUGAUGUUGCCAUGAAUGCUCUGCGGCUGAGUGUUGGACGAUACACCUCCAAAAACGACAUUGAUAUUAUAUUAGAGGAUCUUGAAGUUGUUGUUAAGACUCUUAAAAAAGACUUCAUUACGGUCUAA